AUGCUCUACGGUGCCAUUUCCCGCAAUGCCGUCUCGUUCAAGGCAGACACCGAUAUCCCAGAUCUGGCUGGCAAGAUCAUCUUCAUCACCGGCGGCAACGUCGGACUCGGCCGAGAAACGGUCCUCCAGCUCUCGAAGCACAACCCCAAGCGCAUCUACCUCGCCGCCCGCACGCAGUCCAGAGCCAACGCCGCCAUCGCAGAGCUGCAAACCCUCGUGCCUGCUGCCCCGAUCACGUACAUCCACUGCGACCUGACCUCCUUGCCGUCGAUCCAGGCGUGCGCGCGGGAACUGACCUCGCAGGAGACGCGGCUCGACGUCCUGAUCCUCAACGCGGGCAUCAUGGCCUCGCCGGCGGGCACGACGCAGGAGGGCUACGAGAUCCAGUUCGGCACCAACCACGUCGGACACGCGCUCCUCACCAAGCUGCUCCUGCCCACGCUCGUGCGGACGGCCGCCGAGCCCGGCUCCGACGUGAGGGUCGUGUGUGUCUCGUCCAUCGCCCACGUCUACACCCCGCGCGGCGGCAUCGCCUUCCCGGAUCUCAAGACCGACAUGGCGCAGGCCUCGACGUGGUGUCGCUACGGGCAGUCCAAGCUGGCCAACAUCCUGUUCGCGAAGGCGCUGCAGAAGCGGUUCGCGGAGAAGGGCGUGACGGCGGUGGCGGUGCAUCCGGGCGUCGUGGAUACGGAACUGUACCGGAGUGCCUUCUCGGGCUUUUGGGGCCUGGGGAAGCUGCUGAACAAGGGGAAGAGCUACGUGUACACUGGGGUGGCGGAGGGCGCUCUGAAUCAGCUCUGGGCUGCGGUGGGGCCGAAGGAGGAGGUCAAGGGAGGGGAGUACUAUACGCCCGUGGGCGUCGAGAAGCAGGGGAGUGGACGCACGAAAGAUGACGAGUUGGCGGACAGGUUGUGGGAGUGGACAGAGCAGGAGCUGGAUGCGUACACGCUGUGA